UUCGCGGUUUAAUGCGUGCCUGAUUGUAAGGAGAUUUUUCCCAAAGUCCCCCCUGGCCGAAUGUGGUUACCAUUAGGAUGAAAGUCACAGUGAAAAGUUGGAUGGGUGUCGCUGUCUGGAAAUGGUUGGCCAACGAUGACAACUGCGGCAUCUGCCGUAUGGCGUUCGAGGGCUGCUGUCCGGAUUGUGCCCUGCCCGGUGACGAUUGUCCGCUCGUGUGGGGUGCCUGCUCGCACUGCUUCCACAUGCACUGCAUCGUAAAGUGGCUCAACUCGCAGGCCAACCAGCAGUGCCCGAUGUGCCGGCAGGCGUGGAAAUUUAACGACAAGUAGUUGCCC